GGGAGGGUGGACCCUGAGGCGGCGGGGAAGCCCCGGGGGCGGCGGUGCUCCCUCCUCAGGAGACAGGAGCCGCGGCCCCUCGCCUGGUAUGAAAGCGGGGCGGGCGGGAGGCGGAGGCGGCAGAGGCAGGCGCUCUUCUCUCCCGCGACGUGCUCCGCGCGCCUUCCCGGGACUCAGUCAGUCAGAGCCAGCGAGGAAAGGAGCGAGUGAGCGAGUGGCCCUCGGGGGAUCUUCCCGCGCGAGUCUGGGCAGUUCGCUCCUCGGUUUUGAUGGCGCUAGGACCCAGGCGGAGCGCGAGCGGGAGGCCGAGGGAGAGCGCCCCCGGGGCUGCGUGAGUCAGUCCGAGCGAGCCAGCGAGCGACCGUCCGUCCAGGGAGCGCCGUCGGAGUCGAAGGGCAGCGCGCGGUGGAUGAGGCGGCGGCGCGCGGUGGCGAAGUGGAUGGCUCGCGGGCGCCCGGGGAGCGGCUCGAGGGUUCGCGGAAAGCGGGGCGGCCACGGAGCCGAGAGCAGCACCAGCACCAGCAGCAGCUCCUCCUAAGGGGGAUCUCUCUCCACCUGCCCGCCGGAGAUGGACUUCUCAGUGAUCUUGACUGGAAUCACUUAUUCUAUGAUGUAGAAGCACAGGCUACAAUUGUUGAUGAUGGGGGAAGCAUGCCAUCACACAACAGGUGCAUAGCGUAAUGUCCAUGCUGUGCUACACUCUGAUUAUAGCAUUUCUGAUUGGCAUAUGGGCAGCACCAAAAUCUGAAGAUAAUGCGCCUUUGGGAUCUCCUGCAACAGCUGACAUUUCUGGAAGCAGUCGGACUAAAACACGCCAUAUUAUGAAACCAACCCGGCACAGAGACCAGAACCAACCUGUUGUUAGGAAAGCAGAGGACAGGGAAACAGGACAAGCAUCAAAUAAUGUAUUUGUGGAUCCAAAGCUUUUUCAGAAAAGGCGGUUCCAGUCACCUCGGGUUUUGUUCAGCACUCAGCCACCGCCUUUGUCAAGGGAUGGUCAGAGUGUGGAAUUCCUAGACAGCACAGACUCCCUCAACAGGAAUAUCCGAACCAAGCGGGCAACUCAUCCUGUACAUAACCGGGGAGAAUAUUCUGUAUGUGACAGUGUCAGUGUGUGGGUUGCCAAUAAAACCACAGCAACAGACAUCAAAGGUAAAGAGGUGACUGUGAUGGUGGAUGUCAACCUCAAUAACAAUGCUUACAAGCAGUACUUCUUUGAGACCAAAUGCAGAGACCCUAAGCCAGUGUCCAGUGGGUGCAGAGGUAUUGAUGCCAGGCACUGGAAUUCCUACUGCACCACAACACAUACCUUUGUCAAGGCAUUGACCAAGGAUGGCAACCAGGCUGCCUGGCGCUUCAUUCGGAUUGACACUGCCUGUGUAUGUGUAAUCAGUAGGAAAAGUGAAAACCUCUGAGAUUGGCCAAGCCCGCCCUUCCCCCUUUGCCACUUCCACCCGGCCCCCUACCUCAGUCUGUAAAUUAUUUUAAGUUAUGUGGACUCUAUGCUAUAUUUAUAGUUUAUAUAGUAAGGAAAUAUUUAUUAAACUCUUUAAAACUG